CUGAGGCGACAGUCGGGGUUAUAGCAACGGAAAAGCCCAUCACCAGAAACAACGGGACGGCGGAGAGAGGGACGGUGUCUGUCUCAGUCUUUCUAUAGGGUGGUCAAACACAGCCCAAUUCUUGACAGUACACACCAACACGCACCCAGCACAGCAGGAGGAUGGCGGUGAAUGUCUACUCCACCUCUAUGACCAUAGAGAACCUGAGUCGUCAUGACAUGUUAGCAUGGGUCAACGACUCUCUACAGCUCACCUACACAAAGAUCGAGCAGCUCUGUACAGGUGCUGCUUACUGCCAGUUCAUGGACAUGCUGUUUCCAGGAUGCAUAUUGUUGAAAAAAGUCAAGUUCAUUGCUAAACUGGAGCAUGAAUACAUCCACAAUUUCAAGGUCUUACAGGCUGCAUUCAAGAGAAUGAAUGUGGACAAGAUCAUCCCUGUGGAGAGACUGGUAAAGGGAAAGUUCCAGGACAACUUUGAGUUCCUUCAGUGGUUUAAGAAGUUUUUCGAUGCCAACUAUGAUGGGAAAGAGUACGACCCUCUACUAACACGGCAGGGCCAAGAAGGAACGCCGCCGCCACCUAACCCAGGUGAACCCAUUCAUCACAAACCUAAAAGACCCGUUCGCUCAGGCCCCAUGAGAACGUCUCCCACAGCACCGAAGACUGUCCCCACCCCACAGAGGCAGACCAAUGUAGCCCGCAGGACAACUCCUGUGGCCCGUAAUGGAGGAGAUGCUGAGCUCAUAGAGCUCAACCAGCAGGUGUUGGAUCUGAAGCUGACUGUAGAUGGACUGGAGAAGGAGAGAGACUUCUACUUCGGAAAGCUGAGAGACAUUGAGCUCAUUUGCCAGGAGAAUGAAAAUGACAACAGCCCAGUCCUCGGCAAAAUCAUGGACAUACUGUACGCUACAGAGGAGGGAUUUGCACCACCAGAAGAUGAGGAAAUUGAUGAAGGAGCACAAGGAAACCAGGAAGAGUACUAAACUCUUUUCUUCUCUUCAUCAACCCCCCACCUCUCACCCUUUAAUCUCACCAUUAUUGUCAUUUCUGUCCCUUUUUAUUUCUCCCUCUUAAUUUGCAUUUUACAAACUCCCCUUACUUCUCCUACCUUGUCUGUGGCUGCCCAUACCCAUGAUGACUUUGUUGUACAGCCUAGCUUCCCAAACUCUUACUAGCAAAGGGCACUUAACCCAGACCUGUCUGGACUAGGGCCCAGCCGCCUGGCUUGGCUUACUCAACUAACCGGAGGGAACAGCUACACUGCAGGGCUAAUUUAGCCUGCUAGUCUGUCAGAGGUUUACGGUUAACAGCAAUGAGAUUACAGGGAUGCAGCACUGGAGCCCAACAGUGCUGUGAAUCUGUCUGUCUGAGGAGGCAGGUCACUUUCUCUCACCACGCACUGUAACCGGUGAUCACACAGAGACGCACACACAUGCAUCAGGGUUCUCUGCAAUGUUUAUAUAUGAAGCCACACAAUGUUUUCCACAUAAUGUGAUCAGCUUUAAAAUAUUUUGGCUGGAUAUUUCACAAACUGAGAUUAUAAAGGGUGUUAAGCCCCUUAGGAGAGAGGCCUACACAUGGAUAUAUUUUGGUCAUUUUGCAUAUUAUGGCACAUGUGAAGCCUGCGGACAUAUCACAGACUUUGAAGUGCUCACAUGUACAUGCAUAAAGAAGUUAUCGUUCCUAAGUAAAAACAUCACAGAUAUUUUCUUAUAUAUCAACUUGUCCCACCACAGAGGGUUUGCUCAUGAAACUGUCUUCACGGCUUGUUUAGGAGACAGCAUGGUGUAUUUAUGUUUUUAUUUAUUUUUCUUUUUUUUUCUCUCUUUUUUAAAAUCUGCUCUAUACAGUUUUGGUUUUGGGGAAAUUUAAGGUCUUGCACUAAAUGUAGCGAAACACACCGACUGAAAUGAUUUUAAAAAAUGCCAACAUGCAGUGACUGGCUGCAGCCAGAAAGAUACAGGAAGAUGCAAUUUUAUAUUUUGUAGAUUUGUUUUAAAGAAGUUUGUUUUUUAUUUGCAUUGAAUUCCUCAAUGGCCAAGUCAGAGGCAUUAGUGCAAAACUUAUUUAUCAGACAAAUGUCAGGCUUUGAAUUCUAUGAAUAAACAAUUGUAGAAAAACAAAAACAAAAAAAAAACACGAAAGGUAAGACUACAGAAUGACACUACUAAAUACUAAUGUUUGACUGUUUUAAUUGAGUUGAACAUUUUAGCUGCUACCAUUACUCUUGUGUUGCUGUAUUUAAUUGAGUUUUCAUAUGUUGCAUAGCGUUAAAACGCCACAGUGGCUGCCAAGGAACUAAAGGUUUGGUUUAUUGUGAUUGACAGUAGUUGGACCAGUCUGCUCUUUCUGUUUGUUGCCAUGGCAGCCAUGUGAUACACUUGCAUCAUUUGGACUUACUGCUGGAAUGAAAUAAAGCUCUGAGGUUCAAAAAAGUAACAA